AUGAACAACCACGCCCUCCUCAUCCGCCGAAUACAACCACUCCGGUCCCUGCGACGUCAACCACCACGAAGACACCUCUCCUCCACCCCCCGCAACGCUGAACCUCACCAUAACCCCGUCCCUGAGAAACAUCACACUCCCUCGAACAACCCACAGCCGGCUCCCACAGUGCCUGGCCCGGUCGCAUCGACCACCGCCGCCCCCGGGUCGGUAUCCGCAUCGCGAGCACUCAUCCAGAGAAUCCAGGCCGGUCCGGUAGGACGAGUGGCGCGAGCGUAUGCGCGCGUGCAGGAGAGACGACCCUACCGGACACAAGUGAUCAGUACGAUUGUGGUGUAUCUGUGUGGUGAUUUGGGGGCGCAGUUGUUGUUUCCGCCGGAUAAUGGUUCACCCCAGGAUGUGCAAGCAGGUGAUCAGAAGCACGAAGCAGGAAAUAAUGCCGGAGGAAUUGGAGGAGGGUAUGAUCCGUGGAGGACGGUGCGCCAUUUAACAGUAGGAGUGGGGAGUGCAAUCCCGACGUAUAAAUGGUUCAUGUUCCUGCACAACAACUUCAACUUCUCGUCCAAGUUCCUCUCUAUCCUUACCAAGGUCUGCGUGCAACAGGCGGUGUUCACUCCCGUGUUCAAUACCUAUUUCUUUGGUCUGCAGUCGUUGAUGACGGGCAAGUCGUUGGAGGAGACUUUUGAACGGCUCAAGGUCGCUUUGCCGACGAGUAUCUCGAACAGCGUGAAGCUGUGGCCGGCUGUCACGGCUUUCAGCUUCAUGUAUGUGGCGCCUCAAUUCCGGAGUAUCUUUUCCGGAGUCAUUGCUGUUGGGUGGCAGACGUAUCUGAGCUGGUUGAAUCAGAAGGCGGCGCGCAAGGUCGAGGCGGAAAGAUUGGCGUCGGUGGAGGUGGGUGCUGGUGCUGAUGCUGGGGUUGGUGCGGUCGCUAUGAAGGCAUAA